AUGGCUAAUAAAGAAGCUCCUGUAAACGAUUCCAAUUUGCAUAUGGUUUUUUUUCGACGGCGAUGCAAAAAGUUCAUUUCAACAACUAAUGAUCCCUCUCGUUGUUUUUGUGGUCGACUCGAAACCGAGCAUGGUAAUAGUCUAGAAUAUCAUCCAUUAUCUACAAUAAAACCAUCCAAUCGUGCACUGAAAUCCAUAUCGUCAAAGAUUCUUUUCAGUGCUCCAUCGCAUGAUCAAUCGGAACAUGAUUACGAAAGAUGGAAUGUUGUUAAGCACACAACAUUGUAUCCUACAAAUGCAUAUGGAAUUAUUGAAUUUGAAAAUAUGCUUCAUCCUGCUAAAGCACAUUAUCUACGUUUAGCUUAUGAUACAAAUCCAUCUCAAAUAGUUCAUCUUUUUGCAAAACAAUGGCGUUUACAGUUACCGAAUCUUAUUGUCAGUAUUCAUGGUGGUAUACAAAAUUUUGAAUUGGAACCUCGUCUUCGUCAAGUAUUGAAACGUGGACUUUUAAAAGCAGCAAAAACAGCUGGUGCAUGGAUAUUUACAUCAGGCAUUAAUACAGGUGUUGUUAAACAUGUUGGUGAUGCACUUUUUAUGAGAUCACGAAUUCGGUCAAAUAUUGUUGUUGUUGGUAUUGCACCGUGGGGAGUUAUUCAAGGACGUGAGCAAUUGAAAGGUCAAAAUCAAACUGUUCCUUAUCAUUCUGCCGCUGUUGUUACAGAAGAUAAUUGUGCAACAUUAAAUAGUUCACACAGCUGUUUUUUACUUGUUGAUAAUGGAACAGUAGGAAAGUAUGGUGGUGAAGUUAUACUUCGAAAACGUUUUGAAAAAUAUCUAUCACAACAAAAAAUAUCGUUUCACGGUCAUGUUGGAAAACAAAACGUUCCAGUCGUAUGUGUUAUUGUGGAAGGUGGAACCAAUACAAUUCGAACAGUACUUGAAUAUGUUACUGAAGAGCCACCAGUUUCCGUCGUUGUUAUUGAUGGAAGUGGUCGCGCUGCUGAUCUUAUUGCAUUUACAUAUAAACAUAUUCAAAAAGACGGAACAAUGGCACCUGAUUUACAAGAGCAAUUGUUAAAUGCUAUUGAAAAAACCUUCAAUUAUCAUCGUCGACAAGCGGAAAAGGUUUAUGUUGAAUUAAUUUUGUGCAUGCGGAAACGACAAUAUAUAACGAUUUACAGAAUGGAUGAUGAUGGAUCAAGAGAACAAGAAGAUGUGGAUCAAGCUAUUUUACGAACUCUUCUGCGAAAUCAUAAAGCAAGUGCCCUUGAACAGUUUCGUUUAACACUCUCAUGGAAUCGUCCUGAUAUAGCUCAAACAUGUUUACUUUCGAAACGCCAUGAACUCACUCAAGCUCAGUUAGAUGUUUGUAUGUUUGAAGCACUCGUUGAGAACCGUGUCGAAUAUAUUAAAUUGCUAAUUGAAAAUGGUGUAUCAAUUAAAAAAUUUCUUACAUUCAAUCGUUUACAAGCGUUAUAUAAUGCAUGUGGCCAAAAUUCAACAUUACAAGUAAUUGCAAAAGAUGUUAUACGUAGCGUAAAUCAUCAUGUUUUAAUAAGAACUUAUUCAUUAUAUGAAAUCGGUCUUAUCAUCGAGAAACUUAUUGGACAAGGCUAUCGUUCAUCGUAUACACGUCGGAAUAUACGCCAUUUAUGUGCACGACAACCAUUUAGUCAGAGACAAAAUUUCAAUGUUUUCGUAGAUGCUGAACAAAAAGAACAACAUUUACAAAACAAUAAUGCCACAUCCAACGAGGAUAUGAAGAAGAAUUCAGUGUCUGACGAUCCGAUCUUCGAUUUUCCUUACAAUGAAUUACUUGUAUUUGCUGUUUUAACGCAGCGACAUGAAAUGGCAUUGUUUUUUUGGGCACAUGGUGAAGAAGCAUUAGCAAAAGCUCUUAUUGCCUGUCGAUUAAAUAAAGGUUUAGCAAGAGAAGCACAAGAUGAUGAGCUCGAUACAGACGUUGCCGAUGAAUUUACAUCAAAUGCGGAAGAUUUUCAACAAAGAGCACUUGCACUUCUCGAUCAAUGUUAUCAAGAAGAUGAUAUUAACGCAACUCAAAUUCUAACCUGUGAACUUGAAAAUUGGUCGAAUUGGACAUGUCUUGAUCUAUCUGUAACGGCUUAUCUUCGAGAUUUUGUAGCACAUAAAUGUUGCCAACAAUUAUUAGCCGAUCUAUGGAUCGGUGGAAUGAAUGUUCGAAAAUAUCUUAAAUGGAUGGUUUUACUGGCACUCUUUUUUCCACCGGCACUGUUUUUGAUUGAUUUUAAAUCUUCAAUAGAAUUGCAACUGAUGCCACAAACAGAAGAAGAAUAUUUUCAAAACGAAGAAGAUCUUAUUGAUAGUGAUAAUAAUGAUGAUGAUUCUACUGAUUCUAAUUCCGAAGGUUCCAAAGCAUCAUCAUCAGAUGAAUCCCAUGAACCGGUGCUUUCUGCUACAGAACGUGAUGAUGAACAAACUAAUGAUGAACUACAAACUGAAAUAAAUACAUUACGAAAACGACGAAAGAAAAGUCGAAAGAAAAAACGAAAGAAACAAAAUAGUACUACAAUAAAUCCCGAUGAUCAAUCAGCAUCGCCAGGAACUAAUCAUAAUACUCGGCCCGAUAAUAUUAAUUUGUUUGCAUUAAAUAAUUUAACAGAUAAUCAUAUUCAAGAAGUAAUAGAGACACCAAUAACAACGAUAUCAAUCAAUGAACAAGAUGAAAUUAAUAAUUCAAGUGAAGCUACUACAACACAACGAAGAUCAGUGCGAUAUUGUUUAAAAAGUAUUCAAGAAAGAAUUUCUCGUUCAGCAGUAUAUCGUUUCUUUGGUUUAAUAUUACGUCCAACACGAAAAUUUCUUCGACGUUAUCGAUGUUGGAAACGACCAGACCGUGAUAUGAAUUCAAAUGAUAAUACAGACCAAAUACCCUUAACGAAGAAAAUUUACGAAUUUUAUAAUGCACCAGUGACAAAAUUUUUUCAAGAUUUAAUUUUCUUUAUUAUUUUUUUGGCAAUUUUUACGUAUGUUACACUUAUUCGUACGCCACCUAAACCAUCUGUAUGCGAAUGGCUUUUAAUGUGUUAUUUAACAACAAUGGCUAUGGAUUUAAUAAGAGAAUUAGUAACCAUGAACGAAACAAGAUGGAAAACUUGGUUAUCAGUUUAUUUUAACGAUGUUUUGCAUUUAUUUGAUACAUUUUGUUGUGCUAUGUUUGCUGUUGCUUUUGGCUUGAGAUUGACAAAUGACUUUCGGAUUGUUGGAAGACUAUUAUUAUGUAUUAAUUUAAGUUUAUGGUAUUUUCGAAUGUUUCAUUUCUUGGUUGUAUCGAAAGAAGUUGGGCCAUAUAUUCAUAUAGCAGCAAGAAAUGUAAGUUGUGAAAACUAUUUACUUUUAUCUACUAAGUAA